AUGCAUCGUGAAAUACAGAAAAUGAGGGAAAUUGCUCUUGUCUACCUGGACAGAAGUGGUGGUCUUCAGAAAUUUGUGCACGAUUGCAAAGUAUAUAAUGACUCAAAACAAAGUUACGCUGUUUAUCGUUUCAUUAUUUCAAUAAAUCCUUCUGAUAUUGCUGAAUUAGAUGCAACUCUUGGAAACUACAUUCUUCAUAAGCCCAUACAAGCUGCACAGAUUUUUCAGUCAGUAUGUUUCAUAGCUAUUAAGACAUUAUCAUUAAUUGAACAAUUGCAGACAGAGGCCCAGAUAAGCAUACUGCUGAAACCAACACAUUUACCACCUUUACCAAGUUAUGUUCUGAGUCUGUCUGCGUUUCCCUUUAAUUACACAUCUCCAAGAUUUUAUAUGACUGAAGGAAUAGUGCUUGCAGUGGGAACAGUGACAAAAUAUACACAAGGAGCCAGAUUUCUUUGUACUGAGGAAACCUGUCCGUUUUCUGAAGGGUUUAGGUACAUAAGAGUGCAUCUGCCUGGAGCUACAGAAUCUGCCACAGUGAGGAAUGAUUUUGUGUGUUGUUUGUGUUCUUCGCCACUGCAGGAAGACAUGAAAUUUAGAGUCCUUGGUGAUAAACAAAUAGUUGAAAUGAUUGAUGCAAAAGUUCUUAACGCUUUGAAAGGAUAUGCCAAUGCUAAAUCACAUUUUAGGAUUCAGACAUUCACAGUUUUCUUGAGAGAUGAACUGGCAAACAAAAUGAAAAUAGGAAACCACUACAAGAUUAUAGGAAUUCCAGCUUGUGUGCAGAAUGGCUUACAAGCUACAGCCUGUAUAGAAGCCAACAGUGUACAGCUCUGUAGACCAAAUGGUCCUUCUUCUGUUGGUGAGAACUUUAAGCACCUGCUCUCGCUGACCUGGAGUUCCUGCUGGAGGUUUACUGCUGUCCUCGCCAACAUCUUCGCUUCUCAGGUGGUUCCACCAGGCACCUGGAACACUCUUAAACUGGCGAUACUGCUGAGCCUGGUGCAGACAUGUGAAGAGGAGAAAGAUUACCUGGAUCUGUUGGUUGUGACCAGCGACACGCUAGUGAUGGACAGGCUUCUGAAUUACAGCACGUGUCUUCUGCCCCGUGGGGUGCGACACCCACCUUGUGGCGACAUGUUUCCGUCUGUAUCCAGAGACAAGCCCGGCGGCGGCGCCAGCGUUCACGCCUGCAGCGCCGCGCUGGCCCGGGGCGGGGUCUGCUACCUGGGAGACCUGUCCUCCUACAGAAAGGAUAAACUCGACCUUCUGCAGUCCGUGCUGGAGAGCAGAACAGCCACAGUAUUCAUUCCGGGGAAGAAGUAUGGAGAAGAGGCUGACCAGCAAAUUACUAUUUCCCUUCAGACCAACUUCUGGUCUUUUGUAGACGUGGAUUCUGCCUCAAAGAAACAUGUACAAAAGGAUAACUUUUUAAUUGGACAGCUGGACAUGAGUCUGAUUCCACCUAACCUUGUAGAUGUUUUUGGGCUUUUGAUCUACGAUCAGUUUCCUUCCUGCAGACUGUCUUCUCCUCUGGUGCAUCAUACCUUGAAAAAGGCCAUUAAUCCCGAGGCCAUGCUUUACAAAGUCUCUCAGCAGUUCAGAACAGAGGAUUAUGAGGAGUUUAUUUUGUUUGCUAAGAAUCUUCACGUUGAAGUGAGUGCAGAAGCAGAAAACCUCAUUCAGGGCUACUACCUGGCAAGUCGCCGAGUGAGAAGAGAUUCUGUCCAUGGAUCAACACUGUCAGCAUCCACACUCAAAGUUCUGAUUUCGCUGUCUAAGGCUCAUGCUAAACUCAGUUUAAGAAGGAAGGUUCUUGAGGAAGAUUCACUGAUUGCUAUCUUGCUCCUGGAGACAUCUCUUACCCUAAAACACGGCAAGUCCGCGUUGUGCGUGGCGCUGAACCCCGUGUUUCCGUUCGACCUCAGCGACGAGCGCUCCCUGUGCCAGAGGGACAGUCACCUCCUGCAGAGCCUCCGCCAGCUGCGGGCCUUCAUUGCUGCCUACGGCCAGCAGCCCACCUCGGCACGAGCCAGGA